UGGAAAAGGCAAGGAAAAAGAACGACAGUGAAAAUUAUCUUUGACGAGACGAAAUCCAUAUUUUUAUGAUUAAAACCGUCUAAUUGCAUUUAAAUUAAAGUAAAUUCGACAGCGGGUAUUGCGCCCCACGUGACAAGUGCAAAUAGUCGGGCUCGAAUGAAGUGUAUUCCGGUUUUCCGAUCAGUUGAAUCUAUUUGAACGAUGGCAUCAAGUGAUUUAACCCUUGUAAGAAAAUGAUACGGGAAUCGGUGUUUGCUAUUCUAUAGCGCAAGAGACAACAAGUGAAAUCCGGAAGUUACCAAAACUUAUUCCGGCGAAACGACGACACAGUUUCCUGCCGGUUGGCUGCUGUACCCUGAUCGGUGGACAGAACUAUGCCAACGAUAGCGAACGUUAGCUCUAAUACUAGCAGCAGCGCCACCACCAAAACGAAGGAAAUGUUCAUCGUCCGGGCCCUGGAGAAAAUCCUCAGCGACAAGGAUAUCAAACGGUCGCAUCAUUCCCAGCUGAAGCGAGCCUGUGAUGUGGCAUUAGAGGACAUCAAAGAGGAGCUUAAGGAAGCUGGUCAAAAUGAAACAAAUGGCGAAGUCCCGGUACCAUCGGCAGCACUUCCGCUACCGAAGAACGAUUCGGCGAACAUCAUCAAUGCCGAGAAGUACUUUCUACCGUUCGAGCUCGCUUGUCAAAGUAAAACUCCCCGAAUUGUCGUUACGGCUUUGGAUUGCUUGCAGAAGCUCAUUGCUUACGGGCAUCUCACCGGAAACAUUCCGGACUCGUCCAAUCCGGGCAAAUUCCUUAUCGACCGGAUUGUUACCACCAUCUGCAACUGCUUCAUGGGACCCCAAACGGACGAAGGCGUUCAGCUGCAAAUCAUCAAAGCUCUACUAACGGUGGUCACUUCACAAUACGUGGAGGUACAUGAAGGGACAGUUCUGCAGGGGGUUCGCACUUGCUACGAUAUUUACCUAUCGAGUAAAAAUCUGAUCAAUCAAACCACGGCGCGGGCUACACUGACGCAGAUGCUGAACGUGAUUUUUACGCGAAUGGAAAAUCAAGCCUACGAAAUGGGUUCAAGCGCAAUGGGAACCGUUGGAUCACCUACCACCGGACAAGAAGAAUCUCCAUCGGUGGUUGAAGAAAAACAUCCGGAUUACGACAUGGUGCGUGCAAUAGUGGACGAAGUAGUCGAUAACGUCAUAGCUGCUGCUGCAGCAGCGGUCGAGGAAAAUUCUAAAAUCUCGUCGACAGUUUCAGAGGGAGGAGACGCUGAAACAGGAAGCAUCGGUGGCGUGUCCAACAAUGGAACGGAUAAUACUUCGAUUGCACGAGUACCUUCGCAGGAAAGCAUGGAGGUCACCAGCGAGAACGACAGCAUUGUCACGGCAAAAUUUACUCACAUUCUGCAGAAAGAUGCAUUCUUGGUGUUUCGAGCUUUGUGUAAACUUUCGAUGAAACCUCUCCCGGAGGGCCACCCGGAUCCAAAAUCGCAUGAAUUGCGAUCGAAGAUUCUUUCGCUCCAUCUGUUGCUUUCGAUUCUGCAAAACGCUGGACCGGUUUUCCGUUCGAACGAAAUGUUCAUCAUGGCCAUCAAGCAGUACUUGUGUGUAGCGCUGUCCAAAAAUGGCGGAAGUUCCGUUCCGGAGGUCUUCGAACUAUCACUAUCGAUCUUCGUUGCUUUACUUUCGAACUUUAAAACCCACCUCAAGAAGCAGAUAGAGGUCUUCUUCAAGGAGAUUUUUCUCAACAUCUUGGAAGCCACUAGUUCAUCGUUUGAGCACAAGUGGAUGGUGAUCCAGGCAUUGACGCGGAUCUGCGCUGAUGCUCAAAGUGUCGUGGACAUUUACGUAAAUUACGAUUGCGAUUUCUCCGCUGCCAACUUGUUUGAACGAUUGGUCAAUGAUUUGUCCAAAAUAGGUCAAGGAAGGCAAGCGUUGGAGUUGGGGACUUCGGUGAAUCAAGAAAAGUCGAUGCGCAUUCGAGGCUUGGAAUGCUUGGUUUCCAUCCUGAAGUGUAUGGUUGAGUGGAGUAAGGAUCUGUACGUAAAUCCCAAUUCACAAACGACAUUGGGGGAUCCUCCACCACCGUCGGUGGCAAAUGUAAGAAGUCCAGACGAGACCCAAGAACCGAUGAAGUCUCACGGUGGAUCAACGGUCAGUAUCAACUCGGUGGGAAGCACGAACACAUCCGGGGGCAAUCGAGAAGUGCUGGAUCUACCGUAUGAGCUGGAAGAACGUAAGCAGAGGAAGGAAGUGAUGGAGAUGGGCAUUGAUAUGUUCAAUAGAAAGCCAAAAAAGGGGAUUCAGUUUCUGCAGGAGCGAAUGCUUUUGGGGACAAGCAAUGAGGACGUGGCAAAGUGGUUACACGAAGAUGAACGGCUGGAUAAGACACUGGUCGGGGAUUAUUUGGGUGAGAAUGAUGAUCAAAGCAAAGCUGUGAUGUGCGCCUAUAUUGAUGCAAUGAACUUUUCCGACCUGGACAUUGUGGCUGCCUUGCGAUACUUUUUAGAAGGUUUUCGGCUUCCUGGAGAAGCACAGAAAAUUGAUAGAUUGAUGGAGAAAUUCGCUAGCAGAUAUUGCGACUGUAAUCCGAAUAACACUUUGUUCGCAUCCGCUGAUACAGUUUACGUUUUGGCGUUCUCAGUGAUUAUGCUGACUACGGAUCUACAUUCUCCUCAGGUAAAACACAAGAUGACCAAGGAGCAAUACAUUAAACUGAAUAGAGGAAUUAGCGAUAACAAGGACCUGCCGGAGGAGUACCUUUCGCAGAUCUACGAUGAAAUCGCCGGGCAUGAGAUCAAAAUGAAGAACACGGUAUCAAGUAAACCAGGCAAGCAGAUCAUCGUGAACGAAAAAAAGCGCAAGCUUUUGUGGAAUGUGGAAAUGGAAGCACUCUCAACGACGGCAAAAAAUCUAAUGGAAUCGGUAUCUCACGUGAAGGCUUCAUUUACAUCAGCGAAGCACUUGGAACAUGUUAGACCGAUGUUCAAAAUGGCUUGGACCUCAUUCCUAGCUGCAUUCUCCGUCGGAUUGCAAGAUUGUGAUGAUCCGGAAAUUGCCAGUCUUUGUCUGGACGGUAUUCGCUGCGCUGUUCGAAUUGCUUGCAUCUUCCACAUGACGCUGGAAAGAGAUGCAUACGUACAGGCUUUGGCGCGCUUCACCCUAUUGACCGCUAAUUCACCCAUCAAUGAGAUGAAGGCCAAGAAUAUCGACACCAUCAAAACCCUGAUUAUGGUAGCCCACACGGAUGGGAACUAUCUGGGAUCCAGUUGGUUGGACAUAGUGAAAUGUAUCUCACACUUGGAGUUAGCUCAGUUGAUUGGAACAGGUGUGCGACCGGAAUUCUUGUCAGGCCCCGCUUCCCAUCGUGACGCGCUGGAUCCGUCGGCUAAGGAACACAUUGGAGAAACCAGCUCGCAGAGUAUAGUCGUUGCCGUGGAUCGGAUAUUCACAGGAUCAAUUCGCCUCGAUGGUGAUGCCAUCGUGGAUUUCGUCAAAGCAUUGUGCCAAGUUUCGCUGGAUGAGUUAACCCGACCGCAGCCUCGGAUGUUCUCAUUACAGAAGAUUGUUGAAAUUUCCUACUAUAAUAUGGGUCGUAUCCGUCUACAAUGGUCCCGAAUCUGGCAAAUUUUGGGCGAACAUUUCAACGCCGUUGGCUGCAAUAGCAACGAAGAAAUCGCAUUUUUCGCACUGGAUUCCUUGAGGCAGUUGUCGAUGAAGUUCAUUGAGAAAGGAGAGUUCACCAACUUCCGGUUCCAGAAAGACUUUUUGAGGCCAUUCGAGCACAUUAUGAAGAAAAACAAUUCACCUGCUAUCAGAGACAUGGUCGUACGCUGCGUGGCGCAGAUGGUUAAUUCGCAAGCCCAUAAUAUCAAAUCCGGCUGGAAGAAUAUUUUCUCUGUCUUUCAUCUUGCAGCUGGUGAUCACGACGGGUCAAUAGUGGAAUUGGCCUUUUUGACGACCGGAAAGAUCAUCACUGAUUUGUACCAAUCACAGUUUCCCAUUAUGAUAGAUUCAUUCCAAGAUGCCGUGAAGUGUUUGUCGGAAUUCGCAUGCAACGCUAAGUUCCCCGACACGAGCAUGGAAGCGAUAAGACUGGUCCGCACAUGUGCCCUUUGUGUGAAUGAUGCUCCAAAUUUGUUUGCUGAGCACGCGGGAAUGGAAAACGACAUUUCGGUUCCAGAGGAAGAUCGUGUUUGGGUUCGAGGAUGGUUCCCUAUGCUAUUCUCUCUGUCAUGUGUGGUGAAUCGAUGCAAGCUGGAUGUCAGGACUCGUGGACUAACGGUGCUAUUCGAGAUCGUAAAAACACAUGGUGAUGCGUACAAACCAAAUUGGUGGCGUGAUUUGUUCAACAUUCUAUUCCGAAUUUUUGAUAACAUGAAGCUCCCCGAACAUCAUUCGGAAAAGGCAGAAUGGAUGACGACAACAUGCAACCACGCCUUGUAUGCGAUUGUAGAUGUAUUUACCCAAUAUUUUGACGUACUUGGUCCGAUGUUGUUGAAAGACCUGUAUUGUCAAUUGCACUGGUGUGUCCAACAGAAUAAUGAACAGCUUGCACGGUCGGGAACCAAUUGUUUGGAGAAUCUGGUAAUAUCGAACGGUCUCAAGUUCAACGAGGACACCUGGGACAAAACCUGUCAAUGUAUGCUGGACAUCUUCAACAGUACUCUACCAAAUGAAUUACUCACCUGGAAACCAGACCCGCAUCCUCAGCUCAUUAACCACGCUUCGCAUUAUCCACAAAAUGGAGACCUCCCUCGGCAUGGCAUUCUCAAACGAACGCCAUCUCAGCACUCAGUUCAUACGUUAAUGGAAGAUCCCUCUAUGAAGACAACUGAUCUAAACCAAACCGCCACCCUCUUCUCAAACCUCCUUAUCAAAUGUGUCGUUCAAUUGGAACUGAUUCAAACCAUCGAUAACAUCAUAUUCUUCCCAGCAACCUCCCGUAAGGAGGAUGCCGAAACCCUAGCCCAAGCUGCUGCCGAACUGUCCUAUUCGUCUAGUGGUGGUGCUGGUUCCACCACCGGUUCCGUCCUAAAUUAUUCGAUGUCCACCGAGGAGUGCCAACGCGAAGAACAGGGCAUGUACAGCUACCUGAAUACGCCGCAUUUAUUGCAGCUGAUCGAUUGCCUCCUGCAGAGUCACCGAUUUGCGAAAAAGUUCAACUCUAAUCAUGACCAGCGCAACGUACUGUGGAAGGCCGGCUUCAAGGGCUCGCUGAAGCCGAACCUGCUGAAACAGGAAACGCAAUCGCUGGCUUGCGUGCUGCGGAUUCUGUUCAAGAUGUAUAGCGACGAGAGCCGGCGCCGGGAUUGGCAGGACAUUGAACAGCGGCUAAUCGCCGUAUGUACGGAAGCGUUGGAUUAUUUCCUGUCGUUGCAGAGUGAACCGCACCGGGAUGCGUGGACGUCGCUGCUGCUACUGGUGAUGACUCGAUUGCUCAAGAUGCCGGACUCGAGGUUCGCCGCUCACAUUUCCAGCUACUAUGUGCUCAUGUGCGAUCUGAUGUGCUUCGACCUGAAACCGGAACUGAGAACAGUCCUACGGCGGGUAUUCCUGCGCAUCAGUCCGGUGUUUGGAAUCUCCAGUUCCGCCAACAGCACCACCUAGUAUCACCGGAUGUGUGGUGCACUUGCGGUGCCGCCGGCGGCGCAUCACCAUGGAAAACGCGACAACCCGAACCUGAAAGGAGAUGAUCAUCCAUCGUCCCUAGGACGGAGAGGAUCGUUCGGAGGAGCGCUCAUACAGCACCAUCAUAGCAAUAAUGUGACUAACGGUGACUACCGUAGUCGUCAUCGCAGUCUCGGCUCAUCGGUGGUCGGCAGUCGGCACGUUUGUUCAGGUAUUUCUGUACCUCCGGCCCUUCAUCAGCAACCAACUAGAAGCGAUUGGAGUAAAAAACCAAGGUUGUAGUCAUGUUACUGGGAUAUUUUUUUAGCAUAUAUCUAUUCGUACGUUGUGUAUGUUACGAUAAACGAGAAAUACUUUCUAAGGUAUUUUUAUUUUGUACUAAUUUAUUCAUAUACCUACACGAAACUGAUUAUUCUUAUUAUUGAUGUGUCUGUGGUAUCGAUGUAGAUUAAAUAUAACCUAUCUCAAAGAUUCCGGAAAUAAUCUGUUCCUCUCAUUCGUGCCGUGCUACUAAGGUAAAAACAUUAAAAAAUGUAAAACAUCAAGAAGAAAAAUAAAAGUGGCACAUUAUGCCAGACGGCCAGACG